GCUCUCCUGAAGGUGCGCUGUCCACAGCGGCUCACGUGAAGGGCUAGAAGUGACAAGAAGGGCUGUGGAGUAGCUCUGGGACUUCAGCUUUCGCUCUGUGAACUCCGUAUUUAAAUCGGCCCUGUGUGCGCAGACCUAGGUGGCCAAAAGAAGCAGCUGUGAGAACGACCUCGGAGCGCGAGGGGCCCUUAGUUAGUUUAACUUAGGCGCCGCCGCCGCGACGCCACCGCCGCGCCGCCGCCGCGUCGUCACCUCACACCCUCUCUUUUGGUGACCAGCGCGUUCCGGCGACCCGAGUCGACCCGGCACACCUACAAUGUCCGCCAUCUACAUGCGCCGGCCCAGUACGGGAGACGCCGCCCCACCGACCGCCGGCGGCUGGACCCUCAUCGACCAGACCGACGCCCUCGUUGACGACGCCGAGAUCGCGACCGCGACGAGCGAGCUCAAGCAGGAGAUCGGCCUGCCCGACAGCAUGGAGGGUGAGGAGAGAGAGAAUGUCGAGGCCGACGCUGUGAUCAACCGCGGCGCGGCGCUCGCCCGGGACCCGCGCGUCCAGCGGUCGGUGCUCGAGUCGCUCGUGGCGGCGCAGCCCGUGGCCGCGGCGCCGGCCUUCCCGGACGAGGCCGCGCGGCUGCGGCGCGAGGUCGAGGAGCUGAAGAGAGAAUUGGGCCGGGUCCUCCAAGAACGGACAAACACGACGCCGCAGGCGCCCGAGCCGUCGCUGGGCGUCGCGUCUUUACUGAUCACGCGGUGCCUCGAGCGCCGCCGGGAGCGCGGCGAGGAGGAGAGGGACAGAAGGUGCCCCUCGCUCCAGGCCUGCCUCGCCGUGCCCGGGGCCGUCGUGCACUGCCUCGCGCCCGGGCCCGGCGGCCGCCUCGUCGACUGCCUCGCCACUGAACCUCCGACCAUGGUCCGCGACGUGCGCGCCUGA